AUGAGUCCUGAAAACAGUGGAGAAGUGGUUUACAAGCAGCAUGCCACCCUGAGAGAGAAAGGAAGCACCAGCACUCAGAAGGGCUGGCGACUACCUGGCACUGGGUCUGGCCUGUGCGGGGAGGAGUUUCAGAAUUCCCCACUCUACCAGUAUCUGCAGGAUUUGGGACACACAGAUUUUGAAGUAUGUUCAUCUGUGUCGCGGAAGGCAGAGCAAUGUGCAGCAGCGGAAAGCCAGAAAGAGCGGACUGUGCAUGCCGCCCAGAAACAAGGCAUCCUGUCAAAACUAGUUGAGUUCUUUAGAAGUUGGUUUCCUUUUCCACAAUACAAGAAAAAUGAUGACAUACUUCACCGACUGGAUGUUGGAUUUCGAUUUGACACGCUCCGUACCAUCCUGCAACAGGAAGUUCUGCUGCAGGAGGAUGUGGAACUGAUUGAGUUCCUUGACCCCAGUAUCCUGUCUGCAGGGCAGUGUAAGCAACAGGAAAAUGGACAGCUUCCAACGCUACGCUCCCUAGCAACUCCUAAUAUUUGGGAUGUCUCGCUGUUUCUUGCCUUUGUAAGUGCACUGCUUAUGCUUCCUUCGUGGUGGAAGGAGUCAUCGUGGCUGCUGUGGGGACUAGUUCUGCUUGUCUAUGCAGUCUUUCGAGUGUGGGGCACAUGGAGGACAGCCAAGCUGCAAAUGUCCCUGCGAAAAUACUGUAUCCAGCUGGAAGAAACAGUGGCGAAUAGCCGAGCUUUUACUAAUCUCGUGAGGAAAGCUCUACGACUCAUUCAAGAGACUGAAGUAAUUUCCAGAGGAUUUACCCUGGUCAGUGCCGCUUGCCCAUUUAAUAAAGCUGGACAGCAUCCUAGUCAGCAUCUUAUUGGUCUCCGGAAAGCCGUUUAUCGAUCUGUCAGAGCCAACUUUCGAGCUUCAAGACUGGCUACUCUAUACAUGCUGAAAAACUACCCUCUGAACUCGGAGAGUGACAACGUGACCAGCUACAUCUGUGUAGUCCCCUUUAAGGAGCUGGGUCUGGGACUGAGCGAAGAGCAGGUCUCUGAAGAGGAGGCGCACAAUCUAACCGAUGGCUUCAGCUUGCCUGCGCUCAAGGUCCUCUUUCAGCUCUGGGUAGGGCAGAGUUCAGAAUUCUUCAGGAGGCUGUUGCUGCUCCUCUCCCCAGCCAACGCAUCCCCCAAGCCCUUGGUCUCCCCUGAACGGCUGCCUCAUCAUAUCUUGUCUGAUGUGACUCAAGGCCUACCUCAUACACAUGCUGCCUGCUUAGAGGAGCUUAAGCGAAGCUAUGAGUUUUAUCGGUACUUUGAAACUCAGCAUCAGUCAGGUUUUGAACGGCCAACCAGAACAAAGCAGAAGUCAAGAGAGCUGAACAGUCUUCAGACAGCGGUACGCAGCUUGCAGCUUCAUCUCAAGGCACUGCUCAAUGAGGUAAUAAUUCUUGAGGAUGAACUUGAAAAACUUGUUAGCACUAAGGAGACACCUGAGUUGACAACAGAAGCCCAUCAGGUUCUGGAACAAAAACUGAAGUUUAUUCAGCCUCAUAUCCAGGCAAGCAACAGCUGCUGGGAAGAAGCCAUUUCUCAGGUGGAAAAAAUGAGUGGAAGAAACCCAAAUAAAAAAGGCAAACUUGAAGUUUCCUGUGACAACCUACAGCGUACUACAGUACCUUUAACACAGCCUGCCAUAUACAUAGAAAACAAAGAUCCAAUCCCUGAAGAGCAGGAAUUGGAAGCAUAUGUGGAUUAUUCAGAUACGGAGAAUGAAUACAAAAGGGAAGAUUUUUACUGCUUUUCCCAGGAAGAAAGAGAGAGACAAGAACGAGAGAGACAGGAAUCUAAGAGGGUGUUACAAGAAUUGAAAUCUGUACUGGGAUUUAAAGCUUCAGAAAUAGAAAGACAGAAAUGGAAACAGCUGCUAUUCAGUGACCAUGCUGCAGUGAAACCCUUGUCUCCUGCAGAACCGCUGAAGCUGCUAAAUAAUUUGGAAUCACAUAUGAAUUCAGAUACAGAAAAGCAGGACUGCAGCCAAAGUUGUGAUAAAUCUGAAGAAAAAGACACUAAUCCAGAAGUGAAUCCUGCUGAUAAAAGCAGGACAGAAUAUUUGUAUGAAGAUCCUGAGAUGGAGAAAAACAAAGACAGUACUACUGGUGAAGGUAUUUCUACAGGGGCUGAAGAAAGAAUGUGUUAUCAGCAUGAAGGGGAAGUUGAAGAACUCAAGCCGCGCGAUAUGGAUGGAGUAGAGGUUUCACAGUCUCCCUCUAAGGAUGCAUUACAUUCAAAAAUCAAGCAUAGGCUGGCCCAGCUCCAUAUAUCAACAGAUUUAAACUUCACAUCUGGUCUGGCUGCACAAGUUGCUGCCAGGUCUUUAGCUUUUACUACAAUGCAAGAAGAGACUUUUGGAGAUGAGGAGGAGGAGGAAGAGAAGACACAGGAGGGUGAAGACCUUGUGGAGGACUGUGAGAAUGAAGAUAGAGGCUCUGAAAGUGAAGGGAAAGUAUAAGUCUGAGCUGAACUUUGUUAAACCAACAGCAGGCAAUUUGAUGGAAAAAACUAAGGUGGGGGUUUGAAGAUGAAAAUACUGGAUGGAAAAAAAGGAGACCUAAAUAUAAUACAUCUUGUUCCCUAAGUCUGGUACACUAAAUAGGACUUCCAAGUAUAUUGAAAAUUUGCAGGUAAGAGAAGUUUAGGCUGCAUCCAAGAAAUAGUUGGCUGCUGCCUUUUUAAGAUCCUACUGGUGGGUUUUGGAAUUUACCUUUGUGUUUUCUGUUUUAUUUAUUUAUAUUAUAAUGUAAUGUGUUUUUUUUUUUCUGAAAAGAAGGAAAAACAAUGUCUUGAAUUACAACAGACUCCUUUUUUUUGCUCUCUGAUUCUGUUGUGUGGUAUCGAUGUUUGUUCCGACGAAAAAGCCAGGACGUUUCUUUUGGAAGAACCUGAACUGUUCCCUGUGAUCUUCCCCCACCACUUCCGUUUCACUUCUUGUGUCUGCAGUGUGUUGGCUAAGCCACCGACGGCAUUUGUGAUUCUGUGGCUAGUGAUGUGGCUCCCAACUAAAAUGUAGAAUUUUAAAUAAAAACUUGAAAAAGCUAGUAUUUGCUGUGUCCUGGGGUAUGGGGCUGAAAUAGUAUGACGUUAGUCAUGCUUCAUAUUAAGGUUUAUUUAGAAUUUUAUGAAGGGUUAAUAAAUGAUUUCUAGAUGUUGUGAUUCAUGUUAGAGAAAUAUGUAAUAUGUGUUAGGGAGGGUUAUAAGCACAUCAGUAGAAAGUACUAUAGACGGCUAGAAGCUAUCUGUUGGAUUGAUAAUAGAUGAGAAGUAAAUACCUAUUUAUUAAAACAGCUAUUAAUUAUUUCUUAACCUUUUGUAAAUUGAACCUUAAUAUAAUUGUU